AUGCGCUUUAUCCUUCGACGGCAUGCCCAAUGGCUGGUUCUUGCAGCCGCGCUUUUACUGACCAGUCUUUUCUUCUUAAAAUCCGAAUAUCUCGCUCAUAAGACCGCAACGUCGGCCAACCUCAUGGCUUGGCACAAGCUGAGGGAGUCCUCUGAGCUGGGGGAGGUGGCCCAAAAGGCAGGAAACAGCACCUUGGGGUUUGGUUCUAUAUACUUCAUCAAUAUGAAGAAGCGAUACGACCGUCUCGAUGCAGUGUCUCUGCAAGCUUACCUGUCUGGUGUGGACGUGAUGCCGUAUUCCGCUGUGGAGCCGGAAAUGAUAAAUGACGUUGGUAUGCCGCCUACGAGAGUCUCAUUAAAGGAAGGUGAGAAGGGCUGUUGGAGAGCACAUGCAAACAUUUGGUCUGCUAUUCUGAGGGGUAAACUCCCCCCGGUGCUCAUCCUUGAGUCGGAUGCGGCUUGGGAUAUCAACUUACGUAAAAUCAUGCCAAAUCUGAACAAACAUUUUCGACAGUUUUUAUUCAACAUCAGUUCUGCCAGGAUACCUAAUCCCGGUUGGAAUGCUAAUUUUGACGAAUCUAUUAGUUGGGAGAGGAAGGAGGCAACAGAUGAUCCUUGGCUAAGCGACCAUUGGGAUCUCCUUAGCCUGGGCCAGUGUCACGAAACAUCAGAGAACAGCAAUGUCAGCUCGAUUUAUCACGAUCCAACUGUGCCGCCGGGUAAAGACUAUUUCGGCAGGGUGUUAGGGCGUGAGAGGGUCAUCAGACAAGCAGGAGGUAUCGUAUGCACUACGGCCUAUGCCAUCAGCCAAACCGGAGCGGCUAAGCUAUUGCUCAAUACCGCUGUGAAACUUGAUGCCCCUGUAGAUCUGGUCAUUAGAGAAAUGAUCUUGUCCGGGGAGCUUGUGGCGUACAGCGUAAUGCCACCCAUCAUCGCACAAUGGCAGUAUAAGCCAGAUAUUGGGAUGGAUCAGCGUGGAGCCAACAGUGACAUCAAUGGGCCGCAAGGAGAACAACAGUCAACUAAAGACCCAUGGCCGGAAGUCGAACAGUCUGGCAGCGUAUGGAUAACCAAACCAAGCCAUCCGGAUGUUGCAUUUGAGGCUAUGGCUCUGAAUGUUGCCUGGCAGAGAAUUUUCGGAGAGAAAAGAGAAAAAAGUAACAAAUAA